AUGAUUAUUGAUAAACAACAACUCACUCGUCAAUGGGAAGAAACCAAGAGAUUUCAAGAGGACAAGGAGGACGAGGAGGGUGGCGAAGGUGAUGAUGAUGAGGAUAAUGACGAGGAGGAGGGUGGUGAAUGUGAUGAUGAUGAGGAUGAUGAAGAAGAGGAGGGUAGUGAAGGUGAUGAUCAGGAAGAUGAUGAGGAGGACAAGGAGGAGGAUCACAUGGACCUGAGUGAAAGCAAGAUUGGAAAUGAAAAUAAAGAUGGGGAUGACAACAAGAUUGUAAGGGAAUCUGACAAGAAUGAACUUCAGUAUAAAACUGCUAAUAUACCAAGGGAGAAGAUCCAGAUACGACACCUCAUUCUAGAGAACUUGUCUGAAACUGUGUUCGUGAAGCUUGAAAAAGGUUGUUACAAAACGGAACCACCUGAAGUGAAGGAAAGGAUGGCAACCAUGAUCCGUAAUGAUUGUCCGGGAUUCUCAUUAUUGAGACAAGAGGAUCCUAAAGAAGAGUCAUCACAAAAAUCAUUAUCCAGUGAAGAUGUAUGA